AUGUCAACCACUAGUACUCUUCCUUCAGAUAUAGCAUCCACAUCAGCAUCUACACCUGCAAUGUCAGCCACUAGUACUGUUCAUUCAGAUAUAGCAUCCACAUCACCUUCCACUCCUGCAAUGUCAACCACUAGUACUCUUCCUUCAGAUAUAGCAUCUACAUCAGCAUCCACUCCUGCAAUGUCAUCCACUAGUACUCUUCCUUCAGAUAUAGCAUCUACAUCAGCAUCCACUCCUGCAAUGUCAGCCACUAGUACUCUUCCUUCAGAUAUAGCAUCUACAUCAGCAUCCACUCCUGCAAUGUCAACCACUAGUACUCUUCCUUCAGAUAUAGCAUCCACAUCAGCAUCUACACCUGCAAUGUCAGCCACUAGUACUGUUCAUUCAGAUAUAGCAUCUAAAUCACCUUCCACUCCUGCAAUGUCAGCCACUAGUCCUGCAAUGUCAACCACUAGUAUAGCAUCUACAUCACAUCCACUCCUGCAAUGUCAACCACUAGUCUCUUCCUUCAGAUAUAGCAUCUACAUCAGCAUCCACUCCUGCAAUGUCAGCCACUAG